AUGAAGCCUGAAAUAGUUAAACCAUUCGUUAUAAGAUAUCUUGCAAGACAAGGAAAGUUAAAUGAUAACCCAUCCAAAGAUCUUUUUCGCUUGAUAAUAUCAAACAAAAAGCCGGUGGAGCCAAUUUUUCCUCAGCUCACUUAUCUCUCUAUUUUUCAAGGAACAUCGAUUAACGAAGAUUGUCGAGACAUAUUAUUAUAUGUUGCAGCUGGCGGAACUACUAUGAAUACAUUUACGUGGAGAUCUUGUUCUAAUCAAACUCAUCAUGCAAAAGCAUUCUUUGAUUGGUUAUUUCGAUGUUCAAUUAAUUUGCAUAGUUUCAGACUUGAGAACCCAUUAGGUGAAAAUGACUUUGAGCUGACAUAUCAACAUACGGUUCUAAAUGUUUAUCGUCCUCAUCAAUCACUUACUUCUCUCACAAUCAACAUUCUUAACUUUUUGACUCUUGAUAUACUACUUCACUAUCUCCUCAAACUUAAAUAUCUAGAUGUACAUAUUAGCAAACCAAUUGAAGAAACAGACAUCACUGAUCAACUUCUGCCAAGGAAUCUCAAUUAUCCAAAAGAACUUCGCACACUAAAACUACGAUAUUUAAAUGUUCGAGGUAAAGGUUACUAUCGUUUUGAACAAUUAGCGGAAAAAUUUGCUGAGACGCUGGAGCAUUUUUCAUUAUCUACAUAUCACUAUUGUCGUGGUGAACCUUAUUUAAACUAUAACGGUACUCGUCUUAGCAUACUUUGUCAAAAAUUAUUGCAUCUAAGAUCGCUACAUUUUGCUAUUCAAGUUCAGUUAUGCGAAAAGUCAAACAAUCAAACGCUUACUGAAUUCACAAGAACAUUUCGUAUACCUUUUUGGCUCGAUGGACCGUUUGGCCGUAAGCGUGUAUGCGUAGACUUCCAUCAACUAUACAAUAUUGUACAGAUGUUUUCUCUUCCAUAUACUUUUAAUGGCAUCGCUCUGAUUCGCACAAUUAAUCUCAUUGAUAUGCAAUUCAAUACUAGUGAAGAAGAAGAAGAAAAAGUUCCAAUUAAUUUAUCCUUAGCACUUGAAUCUUUAUGGUGUGGAAUGGAUCAUAUAUAUAUAUAUCUGCUUGGCAGAAAAACAAAAAAGUUAUGUUCUUGGCUUCGAUUGCUACCAAACAUUAAAUGUCUAGAUGUUUAUUUAACAGAAUUGAAAUAUUGGUUCAAUACUGAUGCCAAUAAUCCACAUCUCGAUUCCUUUCUUCGACGUAUUGAACGUUUAUAUGUCGAGUGCUCAGACGUUAUUAAUGCAAAGAUGAAUGAAGAAAUCAUGGAACCACUUCUUUUGUUUCUUAUUGAUAAGCAUCGUUUUCCUCAAUUGCGAUGCUUGCGUUUCAUGAAUUGCAAGAACAUUUCAUCAGCAUGGAACAACAUUGAACAUUGGAUUGAUUUUAUUCUUACUCGUGCUAGCGAACAUCAACUCGCAUGCGUACGGUUCGAUUUUAUUGAAAAAGAACAGGAAAUAGCAGAUUUGCAUACCGGUGAUGAAACAAUUGCAAUCACUGAUCUACCGUAUACCAUUAAUAUUCAUCGUAUGUAUCGCAAUGAAUUAUCCAUAUUGAAAUCCAUCACUAGUUUGUAUUUAUCAUGCAGAACACGAUUUCGUAAUCACCAAACUGGAAACCGAUUAGACUCCAAUGGCGAUGGAGCGGCAUAUGGACACGCACUUAAUGGUGGUGCAUAUCAAGUUUGGCAUAUCAUAAAUAUUCAUAACAAUUGUGCCAGUUUAAAAAAUGAUACAACUGGCUUAUUUUUAGAUAGUGAUCAUGCAGGUGGCGUUUGUGCAUUGCCUUCGAAUAAAAGUGCCCAUCAAAUAUGUAGAUUUGAUGGUCUUCGUAUUAUAAAUGACGCAACUGGUAGAGCUUUAGAUUCAGACCACGAAGGAAAGUUUUACACGGUGAACCCAAGUAGAGAAAAUUAUCAAAAUUGA